GCGGCGGCGACUGGCGAGUGCGAGUGCCUGGCGGGCUCCGGCUUUAGCCUCGGCCCUGGCCUCGGCUUCGGCCUCGGCCUCAGGACCGCGCCCGCCUCCACCGCGGCCCACCGAGCCCUGGGGCUAGCCGAGUCACCAGCGACGCCCGUAGAGCUCCGAGUGCCCGGGCGGGGGGCCAUGCCGUGCCGGAGGGAAGAGGAAGAGGAAGAAGAAGCCGGCGAGGAAGCAGAGGGGGAGGAGGAGGAGGACAGCUUCCUCCUGCUGGAGCAGUCGGUGACGCUGGGCGGCUCAGGCGAGGUGGACCGGCUGGUGGCCCAGAUCGGCGAGGCGCUGCAGCUGGACGCGGCGCAGGACAGCCCAGCUUCUCCGUGCGCGCCCCCGGGGCCGCCGCUGCACCCCCCGCGGCCGUCGGCGGCGGGACCGGUGGACAAGGCACGGCCCUCGGCCCUGCCGCUCCUUCUGCCGCCCGCGUCGGUCGCGGCCUCGGACCCGGCGCCCCCAGGGGCCCUGCGUUGUACCCUCGGGGACCGCGACCGCGUGCGAGGCCGGACUGCGCCCUACUGCGUGGCCGGGUUCGCCGCCCACCCUACCUCGCUGCGCGGGCCGUGCCGGCGUGGGUGGCUCCGGCGCGGCCCCGCUUCUCGCCGCCUGCAGGAACAACGCUGGUCCCAGGGUAGGAACCGCGCCGGCGACGACGACCCGCACGAUGAUCGGCUCUUGCAACAGCUCGUGCUCUCGGGAAACCUCAUCAAGGAAGCCGUGAGAAGGAUCCAGCGAGCCGUCGCAGCGGCCGCCGCGGUUGCAGCCACAGGCCCUGCUGGUGCCGCCGGGCCCGGGAGCGUUCGUAACGGACCGGAUCCGGUCACCCUACAGCCCUCAGGCGCCCUGCACUGACCCGAGACCCCUGGGAAGAGGAAGGGGAGGCCGCCGCACAGACCCGACGGCAUCCUGUCCCUACCAGCCUAGAGGCUGAAGCCGCAGCUAUCCUGAGAGCUACCGCCUAGGCUGCGGGGGAGGCGCGUAGAGACCCUGAGACUAAAGUUACCGGCCCUUGAGAGGCUGUUGGAGAAAACAUGAGAGUGGAGAAAUGCACGGGCCAGGGCGCGCCCGUGCCGCGUGAGAGUUUUCCCAGGCCGUCCCGGGGCCAAUCACCCAGGAUAAACUGGGAGAACUAUGGCAGCUACUUAUAUCGACUUAUAUCUGACUUAGCCCUUGGGGCCGUUCUGGCUUGGAUUGUUUAAAGAUAGGGCUUGAGGGGCGGAAUCGUGAGGGCUUUAUAACAAUACUUGAAAACUGAUGAGACGCACACAUUUUCUCUUUGUUAUCCGGUGGAGGAGCCUAGUGAAAAUGGUGCUACAAUUGCUGUGCAGAAAAAUUCGGGGGGCGGGGGGGGGGGAGAAUGUAAAAGUUUGGUGGAUGUGUUGACAUCGUCCACCUUUUCCCACCUAUUUGGUCGCUGGUGGAGGUGGAAGAUGCGAACUCCGGUUAGGGGUCCGAGGGAGUUGGAGAGCUUCGAAGGUGGGAAGAGUUGGAGUUGAAUGUGUACUUUUAAGUGGCCUGACCUUGCCACCUGUAGUUCAAGGUCACAGUUUGCUGUAAGUGGAAAGCUUUGCGGUUCCUGGGAGAACUCACUCACCCCGGAGUCUUUCUUUCCGCCCUAUCUGUGCUUUGCUACCGCUUGGAGUCUCCCGAGAACACGGGCAGAGAGGGACUGUGUGGGGAAGAGUUAUUUUUCUCCCCUGCUUUCCUCUUUCCAGAACUACUACUCCUCCCAGGAGGCCACUCUUGGCCAUGCUGCAAGCUUUCUUAGAAACAGUCAUCAACCACCUCUUGAGUGUCCCCUGUCCACCCAGUCCAUUUUCUCGUGUCAGUACAGGGUGGAUGAGAGACCCUGCCCGUUUUUCUGCUCUGACCCUCUGUGAGCCAUGGGCCUGAGCCUCCAUGGUUCCUCACCGGGCACGGUUUGUUUCCUCCUGCCAGGCCAGCUCUUUGUGAGUGACUGAAACAGUUUUAAAAUGUGACUUUCUGAGAGGAAACCGCUGGCUUUACUGUUGUGAAACUUGAUGGCCCUUUUGAAAGGUGCCACCCCCAAACUUAAGGUAGCUAAACCAUUUUUUUUUUUUUUUUAAAGAUCCAAUGGCUUGUUCAUCCUCCAGAUGUAGCUAUUGACGUACACUUCGCACCGGAGUGUCUGAAAUUGUGGUGGUCCUGAUUUAUAGGAUUUCUUAAUUAAAAUGUCUGCUGAAUAAAUUUGGUUUUUGUUUUGGA